AUGGUACCCAAACUCUCUCUUAUUCAUGGGCCAAAGGAACCCGAGAUCUGGAGUAACAAGACUCUAUGCGACAUAAUUGACGAGCAGACAAAUCGGUAUGCUGACCGGCCUAUGUUGAUUGUUCCAUGGCAAUCUACACGGCUAUCGUACCAUGAUCUUGCCGAGCGAAGCAAAACAGUUGCAAAGGCCAUGUUACACUUUGGUUUGCGCCAUGGCGACUGCAUCGGAAUAAUGGACGGAAAUAGCUGCGAGUAUAUUGAGGUCUUUCUUGGUGCCGCACGAAUUGGAUGUCCAGCAGUAGUACUGAAUAACACAUACACGCCAGACGAGCUAAAGAAUGCUGUCUACCAGAGCUCCUGUAAGACCGUCUUUAUCACUCCAGGCAUUGGAACAAGGAGCUUAAUAGGACACAUUAAACUUCUUCAGUCAGCAAAGCAAAGGGGUCCAGAUCUACGAGAUUUACAGCAAGUAGUAUACUUGCGAGGAAAUGUAGGCGGCCUUGCUGGCGGUAUGAUCCAGUCCUACACAAGCUUCAUAGCCCAGGGACACUCAAGAGACAAAGAUACGCUGCUAGAGCAGGCCACAAAGAUGCUUGCACCAGAAGACGUUUUAAACUUGCAGUUCACAUCUGGGACUACUGGUAACAUUCUUAAUAACGCACGAUUUGUGGGAGAUGCAAUGCGUCUUACGCCGGACGACAUUGUCUGCUGUGGUCCUCCUUUGUUUCACUGUUUUGGCCUGGUGCUGGGAUUUUUAGCUUCGUUCUGCUACGGUAGUUCCAUUGUUUUCCCGUCCGACUACUUUCGUGCGAGUAGUGUGGUGGAUGCCCUCUUGAACGAGAACCCCACCGUUCUCUUGGGAGUGCCAACUAUGUUGGUGGCAGAACUCGAGGUUUUAUCCAAGACUGGACAGAAGCCACGACGUUUGCGAACAGGUCUUGCCUCCGGGUCGGCAGUGUCUCAAGUUUUGAUGAAUGAGAUUCGAGAACGAAUGGGGGUCGAUAAAAUGCUCAUUGCGUACGGCAUGACGGAAACAAGCCCUGUCAGCUUUAUCACUUCUCUCGACGAUCCAGAUCAGAAGCGGAUAUCAACCAUAGGAAGGGUGAUGCCUCACACCUCUGCGAAAGUGAUCGAUAAAGAGGGCAACAUCCUCCCACGAGGCCAACGGGGCGAGUUAUGCAUUAGCGGCUAUGCCUUGCAGAAGGGCUACUGGAAGAAUGAAGAGAAGACGCGGGAGGUUAUGCGCCAGGAUGAGAACGGCGUACUGUGGAUGUAUACCGGGGAUGAAGUCAUGAUCGACGAGGCGGGAUAUGCACACAUCACAGGACGCAUCAAGGACCUUAUUAUCCGAGGCGGCGAAAACAUUUUCCCUCGUGAAAUCGAGGAUCGACUUGCGUCGCACCCGAAUAUCACCGAGGCCAGCGUUGUAGGAAUCAGGGAUGAAAGAUAUGGAGAAGUCGUUGGAUGUUUUUUGAAAGCCGCCAUGUGCUGCCACAAGAUUCCAGACAACGAAAUACGGAAAUGGGUAGAGAGGAAAUUAGGCCGGCACAAGUCACCAAGUUACGUCUUCUGGAUUGGAGAUACGGGAGUUGGGAAUGACUUCCCCAAAACCGGGAGUGGGAAACAUCAGAAGCAUAUUUUGCGCGAUAUUGGGAACCGACUUGCUGGACACACCAAGACCCGUGCCCGCCUAUGA